UUGGUAGAAAUGGGCUUUAAUCUUUUUAUUACUCGUCGUUGUAACGCCAUCUGUGUUCAUUCAUCGAUGGUGACUCAAUGGUUUGCAUAAUAUAAAAGCAACAACUAGCGAACAGUAGAUGCAGUCUGACUGAGUUCGGCCAUAAGUCUGGUAUAAUUGAGCACAUAUAAUUUUGUGUAUAGUAUCAUAGUUUUGCAGUUUUAAACUUAAGAAAGUAAUUAUAGAACAAAGUAAAGUUAUUUAUAAAGGAUAUAUAAGAACUUUGCAGUUACAAUAAGUUGAAUUAUUAAGAACAUAUUGUAUAAUUGUUGCAAAUACUACUGUAAAUUUGUACAGCAGCAAUUAUCCAAAGCUUGUAUCUCGUCUGCAUCUUCUGUUUGCAACCUUUAUAUACAUGAUGGCGCAAAAUGAAAAUAUUAACAAAUAUCUACGUGAUGAUACGAUAUUCACGAAAAUCAAUAGACAAUUUAUAAGUAUGGAUCCUGAUGACAUGAAACAUAAUAAUGCGAUUUUGAUUCAGAUUUUUGAAAACUUAAUAGAUGCUAUGCGACAGCAAAGUCCGCUGUUCUGUGAGACAUUUCAAAGGAUUGUGUGGGCCGGGAGUUACUAUAAAGGAACUCGAUUUGGACAGCCAGAAGAAUACGAUUUAAAUUUUGUGAUUAAUUUAUUUAAAAUUUUCAAAGAACGAGAUAUAAAGUUUAGCACGGAUCGACCUGGUUUUAUAAAAAUUCGUACGGUUUGGAGAAACGGAAAUUCAACUAAUAAUUUAAAAUUAGACUCAAAAGCAUGUCGAGAAUUAAAUUCCUUCAUUGACAAAGUUGACGAAGUUAACGAAGAAUACUUAAAUCAAGAAAAAUUUCGCAAUUGGAUGGAAAAAAUUGUUAAUAAAGCGAUCAACGCCAUUGGUGAAAAUAACAGAAUUCAGUUCGAUGGUUGUGUGCUAGAAAAGAGCAAAAAAUCGGGUCCAGCAUUUACGCUGACAUUUCAACUUUUGGGUUCUGGAAAAAUCAUCGAUGUUGAUGUGGUUCCUGUUUUAGCUUUUUCAACUCGUAUUUUGCCACCAAGAUGUUCAAAAAUGAACAUUUUAGAGUCUUGUGUAAUUUUAAAUAGAUGUUGGUUUGUAGUCCCUAAACCUUUAAAUAACCGGCAAAGUGAAUUCGGUAAUUUUUGCCAUCGUUAUUGGCGAUUGUGCUUUUACGAAUUUGAGAAAGAUUUGCUUUCUGAUCACGAUUAUCAGGGUAUGAAGCCUGUAAUACGUCAAUUAAAGAAAUUGAGGACUAGUCAAAAGUGGAAAAGCGUUGCAAGUUACUAUCUGGAAACAUUGUGUUACCAUGAAAAAGAAAGGUUUCAUAAGUCUCAUAGUAAUUCAUAUACUUUCUUAUUCUUCACGAUGUUAGAAAAGCUUCAUGAGGCUUUCCAGAAUGGUUACAUAAGAUACUAUUGGGAUGAUGAUCACAAUUUGUUGGAAAAUAUCGGAUUUUAUGAAAUGAGGAAUAUGGAAAACAGAUUAAAUAAAGUUUUAAAAAAUAUCAGGAAAACUAUAAAAAAUGAUAAAUAUGCGAUAGCUAAAUGUGUUUUGGAUAUGGACGAAUUGAUUACUUUGAAAAGACUGGAAAAUGUAUCAAUACCAGAACCUGAACCAGAAUUUGAUCCUGAGAUUUGUAAGUAUUAUACAUCGUGAAGUGAUAAACACCAUUUUAUAUAACACCAUUCAACACCAAUUUAUUUG